UUUUUCGGGAAGUUUCAGAAAAUCAUGCUGAAACAAUGGAAGUCUGGUUCUAUCAUUGUGAUUUUUCGUGUAGAAUUUGAAACUUUAGUUGAUAGAAAUUGUAUUUUUUUUCAAUUCAAAGAGAAUUUGACGACUUGUAGUGUAAAUGAAAAAGUGAUAAAUAAUUUAUAAUUAAAAUUUAAUCGGAUUUGUAUAUUGUAUAUGAAAAACAUUCAAGAUUUUUCUACUAUACAUACUUUUACAUUUAUUAUUAGGACAUUUAUUUGAAUUGUUAAUUUCAAAUUUUUAAUUCUAUAAAUUUAAUAUUCCAAUUGUUUUAAAUCGAUAAAUAAAAAGAUAAGUUGUACGUGGUUUGUGAGGAAUUUAAAAAUAGUGUCAGAAAACAAGUAGGAAAUUUUACUUUUCCGGAAUACUGUAAAUUAUUAUUUACAGAAUUUAAAAGUAACUUAAGAUGAGAAGGAAUUUUUAAGAAAACAAAGAGGAAAAAAUGGAAAUAACAAUGCGUGAGUGGAUGAUGAGUUUUGCAGACGUGAUAAUGAGGGUUCCACCUCUUUUCGUGAUCGACGAGCUAUUAAGGAUUUGUCCUGGUUUUUCGGGACAAAGUAGUUCCGAAAUGGAGAAAAUGGGCAACAAUAAUUUUACCAUGAUGAAUGUAUCGGACUCGUUUAUCGGCGUAAUAGCGUCGGCUUCAUCCGAACCAUUUUUACAACACUUGAGCCUUAAUGCAUACCAGAUUUAUUUCAUGACAGCCUUCAAAGUCAUUGCCUGUUGCCUAGGAUGCAUUGCAUCUCUAUGCAUGUUUAUGCAUUUCACGAAGCAUCUCGUCAUUGUAUAUUUGUACCUGAUAUCUGUGGGAGUAAUAUUCAUAUCAUAUUGGUCGAACGUUAGUACAAUCAAGGCAACAAUUGCGUAUUUAAAUGCACACGAGGGAUUAACAUGCAUUUUGGAGGAUGUCUUGAGUUUAAAUAUAAAGGAGCUAUUUCAGUAUGGUCCGGGUUAUCUUAUCCUGCAGAAUUACGUUCUUCAAAGUCUCAUGUCGACAAUUUUUUGCUACAAUCACCUCGCUCCAAGGCAUCCAUUGGUUCAGAAAUUAAUCAACAUCAGCUUCAUGGCGCCCUCAAUACUGGCAAUUCAUCCAUUAUCCACAUUUGUCCUGCACCACACUCCGGUGCUAGCGACGCUUCUUCCUUUAGGAGUCUGCAAGUUCGUCAUCUGGUAUCAUGGAAUGUCGAUAUUGAAGACAAUCUACAUGGGCUAUCAACACGUGCGGAACUUCAUCCGCAACUACGGCCUCUCCGCUCUCGCCGAAUCGGAAUGGAAUCGCCUCAACGUUCCGUGCGUUCUGCGAACAUUCUGGCUCCUCCGAGUUCUAGAGCAGGUGAUCCAAAUAAUGGGAAAUCACUAUCAAGAGGACACUUUCACGUACUACUUGAUGCUGCGAACUCUUCUCGUCAACGGCUGCGAGACAUUGACGUCCCUUCUCGGAAUGACGAGUAUCAUCUCCCUGAUCUGCCACUACAUUGGCACCUUCUUCCGCUGGGUGCUUCUCACAGCCGACGAGGACGACAAGAACAUGGGCACAGUGUCCGCAAUUUUAUUCUACAUUCUCGCUCUUCAGACCGGCCUCACGAGUCUCGAUCGCGAGAAACGCCUCCUACGACUGUACCGCAACUUCUGUCUUCUCUUCACCGCAAUUCUUCACUUUGUGCAUAACACCGUGAAUCCCUUGCUGAUGUCGCUAAGUGCUUCCCAUAAUCCAGCUCUUCACAGACAUCUCCGGGCACUCGCCGUCUGCACAUUUCUCAUCUUUUUCCCGACAACUCUACUGAUCUUCCUCUGGUCACAUUUCACCAUCAGCACCUGGAUGCUCGCCGUGUCCGUCUUCAGCAUCGAGGUCAUUGUCAAAGUCCUCGUCUCACUCUCAAUCUACUUCCUAUUUCUCUUCGACGCCUAUCGAAGCAUCUUCUGGGAGCAGCUCGACGACUGCGUCUACAUCAUUAGAUCCUUCGGCAACACCGUCGAAUUCGCCUUCGGAGUCAUUCUCUUCUUCAAUGGCCUCUGGAUUCUCAUUUUCGAGUCCGGCGGUGCAAUCCGAGCGGUGAUGAUGUGCAUUCACGCCUACUUCAACAUCUACUGCGAGGCAACCGCCGGAUGGAAUAUUUUCAUGAAGCGUCGAGCUGCCGUCAAUAAGAUAAAUUCCCUUCCGGAAGCGAACGCCGAGCAACUGCGAAGAUUGAACGACGUCUGCGCAAUUUGCUACCAGGAAAUGCAAAGUGCGAAGAUAACAAAGUGCAGCCACUUUUUCCACGGCGUUUGCUUGAGAAAAUGGCUCUACGUACAGGACAGAUGUCCGCUUUGUCACGAUAUUUUGUACAAGGUGGAGAACAAGAAUAAAACUACGACUGACACGAGACAGGAGGGCGAGAAUGAAACGGAGAAUCCGGUGCUCGAAGAGGUGCCGGAGAAUAAUUCUGUGCUCGGACAGAGAGAGCAAUAGGUAACGGAGAAACUGUGUUGUUACUACAUUGUGAUAUAAAUUAUACAAUAAAUUGUAAAGAAAAAAAAUCGAGCCUAAAAAAAGUGUAGCACUUCGACUCUAGAA